AUGCUUAAAAGACGCAAAGGUGAUAUUAUGGUCUGGUUCCAAGUUGGAAGUGGAUGGUAUGGACCAUCAUGGUUAAAAAAGGAAUGCAAGCGGUCACAAUGUGAGUUUCAAGCACAAGAGCAUGAAGAGCAUGAAGAAAUGGAGAAAAUUCAAUGGGCUGAUGUAAAAUUGAUGCAACAAGUGCCCAAGUAUCAACAAUUUACGUUCAUAGACGCAAGCCGAUUCAGUAAAUGGUUUAAAUUAAUAAGAGUUCCAUUUUAG